AUGGCUGAAAUCUACGAUAUUGGAAAGGAUGGGCGGUCGGCGUGCGGAUUUCCAGGGCCAACAGUCCAACAGCCAACACCAGAUAAAGUGCUGAAUGAUAUAUUUUUCAUGAGCGAAGAGAAUUGGGACGAUCUUGGAUCUCUCAACGCCUAUGAUUAUGUCGUCGUUGGCUCAGGGUGUACUGCUUUAGCGUUCGUACAUGAAACCCUGCAGUUGAAUCCUCACAAGAAGAUUCUCAUUAUCGAGAGAGGGGGAUUCCUGCUUCCAACACACUUCCAGAACCUCUCAGCCCCUUUUCAGAGAAUUUUCGGUGGCCAUUCUGUGAUUUAUCCCUGGACCCUUUCAGGAGAAACAUACAACUCAGACUUAGGGUAUUGCCAUGGCUUUUACCCAUUCUUCGGCGGGCGAAGUCUAUUCUGGUCGGGGUGGUGUCCUCAACCGUCCAUGGAGUCUCUUAGAGAAUAUCCCGACUCCAUGAAAAAUACUGCAGCAAAUUCAAUCUUUUGGGCGAGGGCUCAAGAGCUCUUGAAUAUCACGUCUUUGGCUGAAAUAAAAGAUUCGGCUUUUGGGUGCUUGCAAGGCCAUAUGAGCAGCAGACUAGAUUUCCCUAUUGACGGAAUUCCAUCCUUGAGAACCACUGGACCGGCCCUGUUGGCUACAUCCCACAAAAGACCUGGUGCUCAGUUUGGUUUCAGCAAGUUUUCAGCCGUCGAAAAGUUGUUAUCAAUCAUCCAGGACCAAAUCCAAAAGGCUUCAAGAGGAGAAGGUAAAGUACUUGACGUGAAAUUAAACUGUGCUGUCAGAAGAAUUAUUGUGAAUCGCGGGGAUGCUAUAGGCCUUGAGACUGUAAAUGGCACCAAGACCUUAGACAGCAGUCACACGAAACUCAUUCUAUGUGCGGGGACGAUUCCUAACACCACCUUACUUUACAAUUCUAUACCUCAAAUGGCAAAAGAGACUAAACGACUUACAGGAAAUUUUAUCUCCCAUCUCACUUUUAGGGUCCCAAGGAGUCAGAUUCCGUGCCUCUCUCAUGGGCACAGUAGGUCGCUCGAGAUUGCUGCGCAGUGCUUACUUGGAUUGCAUCCGAGUACUGGCAGACAAUAUCAGAUACAGAUCACUGCGGUUCACUGUCCAGAUGUGGAACGAGACCUUCACGAUCUUGGGAGAAAGUGCCCUGACUUCUCAGCAUCUGCCCAGGCCAAUCAACUGCGAGGGUCUGAGGAUCACGUCAUUUUUGUCUGUGCGGCUGUUGGUGAGUUCUCGGAACAAAACAGCCGGUGUUGGAUUCGACGAAACGAGGGUGAUCCGGACAAGACAACAAAUAUUCGAAUCCAAUACUUGUGUAACGAAGAGGAUGAAGCGCUACGGACAUUCAUGGAAGAAGUUGUCUUCCAGCUUGCCGACCGCCUAUCCAAGCCAAGCAACAGAGAUUAUUGGAACAAAUUGUCCCAAACAUGGGUCACAGGGAGGCCAUCACAGCAAGAAAUGAGGGUCAGAGGCGUAGUGCAUGAGUCUAGCUCGACUUUCAUGGGCCCGGAGUCUGAAGGUGGUUCGGUCGAUGAACUGUAUCGGCCGUAUGGCUGUAAUGGUGUGUACGUCACAGGAGGCGGUAUAUUUCCAACUGCGGGAGCAUGGAACCCAACAUUGGCAAUGUGUGCAUUUGCCCAAGAUCUAGCAAGGAAGUUAAAUGCUUAG